AUGGCGGCGGACACGGAGAUGGUUUCCGAUGUCGAUACAAGCACAAAAAGAUGGCAAUAUCUGGACAGAAUAAGGACCAAACCAGGUCCUUUUACUGACAUGGACAGCUUUGACCCAGAGAGCUGCGUCUCGAGCAUGGAAAAGAUGUCUGUUCUAGGUGCUGGCGGGCUUGGGUGUGAGAUCCUGAAGAACCUGGCCUUGACUGGCUUUAAAAAUAUACAUGUCAUCGACAUGGACACCAUAGAUAUCUCUAACCUGAACAGGCAAUUCCUGUUCCGCAAGGACGAUGUUGGCAAGUACAAGGCAGAAGUUGCCGCCCGAUUUGUUGAGAAGCGGGUCAAGGGAGUCAAGAUCACGCCUCACAACUGCCGCAUUCAGGAGUUUGACGACGACUUUUACAUGCAGUUUCAGCUCGUCGUCUGCGGGCUGGACAGUAUCGAGGCCCGCCGGUGGAUUAACGCCAAGCUGUGCGAAAUGGUUGACAUGGAUAACCCGGACUCAUUCAAGCCGCUCAUCGAUGGCGGCACCGAAGGCUUCAAGGGCCAGUCUCGGGUCAUCUUUCCUACCAUGACAGCUUGCAUCGAGUGCCAGCUCGAGAUCUACGCCCCUCGGCCCGCCGUCCCGCUCUGCACCAUCGCUACAAUCCCGCGCCAGCCAGAGCACUGCAUUGAGUGGGCGCACAUCAUCGCUUGGGAGAAGGAAAAGCCGUUCCCAGCCCUGGAUAAGGACGACCCGGAGCACAUCACAUGGCUGUUUCAGAAGGCGCUGGAUCGCGCCAAAGAGUACGGCAUCCAGGGCGUCACCUACUCGCUGACCCAGGGCGUGGUCAAAAACAUCAUCCCCGCCAUCGCCUCGACCAACGCCAUAAUCGCCGCCAGCUGCUGCAACGAGGCGUUCAAGAUCGCCAGCAACGCCGCACCCCCACUCGGCCUCGAAGAGAACUACAUGAUGUACACGGGAGACGCUGGCAUCUACACCUUCACCUACAAGUACGAGCGCAAACCCGAUUGUCCCAUCUGCGGGAGCGAGGCUCGCCAGCUCGAAGUCGACCCGAACUGGACGCUGCAGGAGCUGGUCGAUCAUUUGGCGGUCCAGCCAGCCGCUCAGCUGAAGAAGCCCAGCAUCCGCGCCGAAGGCAAGUCGCUCUACGUGCAGAUGACCCCCGAUUUGGAGAAGGCUACAAGGGGCAAUCUCACCAAGACCCUUACCGAGCUGGGCUUGGUAAGCGGGCAGGAGAUUGCCGUGACGGACCCGGCUUUUAUGAGCACGGUCUUCCAAUACAGGCUGCAGUUCAAGUGA